GGGAUAAUUGCAGUCGGAGUUGGUCCGACGGUUGUCCGACACUGAGACAGAUACCUACGAUCCCAACAGUGUCGUGACAAAAGCAUCCUUAGGCGGUCGCCCCGACAUCGGUCCCUCAAAGCUUGCUCAUAAUCUUUUCCGAUCGAUAGAAUUCCUCUGCAAUUCGGAAUCGCAAUGGCGAAUGAUAUCAGAUUCUUCGAAUUGAAUACAGGAGCUAAGAUGCCUUCUGUUGCGUUAGGUACUUACGGUGCCAAACAUCGUAUAAUCGAAAACGCCAUUGCAACUUCCAUUAAGGUUGGGUAUCGCCAUUUCGAUUGUGCUUCAAUGUAUGGCAAUGAGAAGGAGAUUGGUUCUGCUCUAAAGAAGUUGUUUAGUGAUGGUGUAGUGAAGCGAGAGGAUAUAUGGAUCACAUCAAAGCUCUGGUGUGCCGAUCACUUGCCAAAUGAAGUGCCAAAGGCACUAAAUAGGACCUUGCAAGACUUGCAACUUGACUAUGUCGAUCUCUAUCUGAUACACUGGCCAGCCAGCUUGAAAAAGGGAUCAAUUGCUGUUAAGCCUGAAAACCUCACCCAACCUGACAUACACAGUACAUGGAGAGCAAUGGAGGCACUCUAUGAUUCUGGAAAGGCUAGGAAUAUUGGAGUGAGUAAUUUCUCCACGAAGAAGCUAGCAGAUCUGUUGGAAGUGGCACGUAUACCUCCUGCUGUUAACCAAGUGGAGUGUCACCCUGUAUGGCAGCAGCCUGUGCUGCAUUCAUUUUGUCAAUCCAAGGGAAUUCACCUGUCGGGAUAUUCACCAUUGGGUUCCCAAGUUGGAGAAGAUGUCAGGAGAAAGGUCUUGGACAAUCAUGUUGUGAGUAUGGUUGCAAAGAACUUGGGCAAAACUCCUGCCCAGGUGGCUCUUCGUUGGGGACUGCAAACGGGUCACAGUGUACUACCCAAGAGCAUAAGUGAGGCAAGAAUGAAGGAGAACCUCGAUGUUUUUGAUUGGUCUAUUCCUGAAGAUUUGAUUGCCAAGUUUUCUGAAAUUCCACAGGAGAAGCUAAUUAAAGGUACCGAAUUUGUUCACGAGGCUUCUGGACCGUACAGGACUCUGGAACAGCUGUGGGAUGGUGAAGUUUGAGGUGAUAUCUGGAAUAUCCGGAUCAGCCUGCACAUAAGGAGUAUAGACUAUUAAACUGUCUCUAAACUCAAAAUAACAGCAUGCCAACUGUAAUGGGAGCCCUUUCCCGUUUCACUUCAUUGUGUUAUUAACGACAACAGGAGAAUUCUGUAGAUACUCCAUGAAGAGACUGUAUGUUACCAAGUCUCAUAUUUCAUAUUUUCAAUUACAUGAUGUAACAAAGAUUCUCAGAGAGAAUUACGAGAAAUAUGUCAAAAAAUUUGAUUUUCUUGUGUGGUAUAUCGAAAAAUUUGUUAGGUAGAAAGUCAUUAAGCCAAUUGGGUAACGACACUCUCAUAAAUGAAAGGAAAAUGAAUGAAGUCUUUUGUG